GAAGACGGGCCACAUGAGAAUGGCUGGCACCAACUCUUGCCUCAUGCAGACUGCCUUUCUCCACAGCCCUGUGGGUCAAAUCGAGCUGUGCGGAUGUGAGAAAGGGCUUCACAACAUCCAGCUUAACCCACACUCAAAACCCUCUGACAGUGCUUCUCAACCCUGUGUGCUGAGUGAUGGUCAAGUGGAGCUGAACUCAGAGUUGCAACGUUGUGUUAAAUGGCUCCAGUCGUACUUCAGUGAGGCACAAUCUGUGGCGACGCUCCCUCUCCCAACCUUUCAUCACCCAAUCCUACACGGAGAUUCAUUCACAGCCCGUGUGCUGUGGACCCUGUUUCGGCAGGUGAGCGUUGGGGAAACGGUCUCAUACAAACGUCUUGCUGAAAUGGCAGGAAACCCAAGGGCCAUAAGAGCAGUGGGUGGAGCUAUGAGGAGAAACCCGAUCCCCCUGCUGAUCCCGUGUCAUCGUGUGUUGCCCAGCAGUGGGCAGACUGGCCUGUAUAUGGGCGGGAAAGGAAACCAUAUUAAAGAGUGGCUCCUGACUCACGAGAGUGUUCAGAAGGGGAGAGAGUGACGCAGACUCAAACUGCUCUAAAGCUUUAAUGUUGGGUACAUGGCUGCUCAAAUCUUCAGUUUUUUCUCUACUUCAUUUUGAUUCGCUAACAACUCUCAAGCUCAGAAAUGAUCAAAAAUUGAUUCCGUUAAGAAAUGCCUAAGGUUUGUGCCCUUUGUCUCGUACUAAGUAGCAGUUUAAUGUCUGUGUUCCAACAAAUUCAAAUUCUUUACUGUUAAGACUUUAAGACUUUUUUUGUAAUUUAAGCAAAGUUUCAAGCAAAGUAUUUUUGCUAUUCGUGACCUGUUUUUUGCACAGAUCAUUGUUUUACAAAGUGUUUUAGUUGGAGUGGAGACUACAGUAUGCUUCAGGGGAGAGAAAAUCACAUUGUUUUGAAUUAUAAUUUUUUUAUUGACACUUAAGAUUUAAAUUAGUUGCUGAUUCAUGUUUUCACUUAAAAUAAACCCAAAUAAUUCCCCUUAAAUAAAGGUUUAUGGAAGAGGCAACACUCAUAUUAAGCAGAGAUUUCUUGAUCACACAUAUGAGGAGCUGAAAUGUUUUUUUUGUGCUUUGGAAUUAGCUUGUUAGCAUUGACAAUGAUAUAUUUGUUUAAUUAAAAUUCUGAGCACCAUCAGGGUUGAUUAAGAGAUGUUGUUUCUGAUUUAAAAAUGUUGCUCGUGCAGAUUUGUCUUGUCUUUGAUUUCAGGCAGAAGAUUUGACAUUCUGGAACAUUCUCAGAUAUUCUGAAUCUGUAAUGUGAAUUGACUUUCAUUAGUAUUGACUGACAAUGAGAAUGCUUAUUAUUGGUGAGAAUACUGAUUAAUAAUAGGGGGCGUUUAUCAGUAGUAUGAAUAUUGGACAGUUAUGGAAGUUGUGAUAUUGAUUUAUACUUUCUGCCCAAUAGAGGGCAGUACUGAAUGAGAAAGAGUCUGUUAAUCUUCUGUAAACAUCUAAACAGCAAAGUCAUGGUCAUAACAAAAGCACACAGCCUCCAGUGUCAAUAUGUCAUAUUAUAAUGGAUAGUAAUGACUAGCUAUCGCAUUUGAAGGACACGGACUGAACUAGCCGAUUUGUUAUAUUUUCAAUAUGACAUUUAACUAUAAAUAGUUUAUAUUCUACAUUAUACUCUUAUUUUUCUGAAGACAUUCAU